AUGGCCUCAGAAAAACUAAAGUACAAGGGAGGGCACCAACAUGCUGAAAAUGCCUCCGCGAAGCCCCGAGGCCUACCCGGUGCCCUGUUGGGGCCCACAGCCAGAAGAAGCCAACCUGCCAAGCGCCGCCGCCUCCAGGAGCCUGCCUGCCUGGGGUCGUUGGCACAGCCAGACCUGGAAGCAUCCGCCAGGCCUGCCAGCAAAGAGCUCACCUCCACGGUGGUCAUUCCCACCAGCUGUGCCAUGCAACUACACUUGGAAGGCAUCGACCUGCUGCUGGAGCCCGAACCAACCUCGGUCAAGCGAGUGUUGCUACCUGGACACACCAUCAUUCUAGUCCCUGAGGGCCUCCAAGCCUCCUCCCAACCUGGGCAGGCUGUUCUGGCCCGCUGGCACGCAGGAACCCGCUGUCCCGGACAUGCUCCAGGACCACCACGUCUUUGGCCUCCACCAGGGAUUCAAUGCACGUGCUGGCCUCUGCCCCGCUCACAACUGCAGCCUCUCCCUCCAUCUCCUCCUCCAAGUCAUCAAGAACAAAUCUCUGAGAGUUGUCAGAAGCCUCCACGGCCACUGUGCAGGGCCAAGAGGCACCUCUCCUAG